CAACCAGAGCGGACGAACAAGAAGAGUAAUUCUCUCAUGACGUUUCGGUUAGACUCAAAGAGAUUUUGUCGAUAUUAACCAAAACUCAUUAAGCAAAAAAAAAAGUUGUGAGUUUCUUAGGCUGUGACUGUGCAAAAAAUUUUAUGAAAAGUCAUCUCAAAUUAUAGAGGAAAACAUAACUUUAAUUUUAAUGUGAAGUAUUUAACUAUAAUUGGUUUCAUUAACUAAGAGGAUUAAAAAGUUUUGUUAUGUGUGUUUUUAGCAUUAUAUAGUGAUAUACAACUUAAUUAUCUUCAGACAGUGCUAUAUUCACAAGUAGUAUUUACUGGAGAAGUGUUCCAAUUAAAAUAUUCUUCUAAAGCAUCAACGACCAGUUUGCAUGAUUUAACCUUAAUCAUGCUAUGCACCAAAGUGUUAUAAUUGCUGUAAUAUUGCAAGAAAAUGAAAAUAUUAUUAAUGGCAACGUUACGGUUUCAUUGACAUUCAAAAAUUUCACUACUGAUGAAUCAAACGCUUACGAUAGUGACAACGAAACGGAUUACUAUCAGGAUUUCAAUUUGACGGAGAUAUUUGGCCCAACACGGGAUCCACUGUAUAUUGUGGUUCCAAUUACAAUAAUCUACCUUUUGAUAUUUGUUAGUGGUCUGAUUGGCAACAUAAGCACCUGCAUUGUUAUUUCGCGCAACAGGUCCAUGCACACAGCUACCAAUUACUAUCUCUUCAGUCUUGCCAUCUCAGAUUUUCUACUCUUGAUAUCGGGAGUACCACAAGAGAUGUACUACAUUUGGUCCAAAUACCCUUAUGUCUUCGGGGAGGCAUUUUGUGUGCUUAGGGGCUUGGCAGCCGAGACUUCAGCCAAUGCCACUGUACUCACCAUUACGGCUUUCACAGUGGAACGUUAUGUGGCCAUUUGUCACCCCUUUCUCUCACACACAAUGUCCAAGUUAUCACGUGCAGUACGCCUCAUUGUCUUCAUCUGGCUCCUCUCUCUGGCCCUUGCCGUACCUCAGGCUCUUCAAUUUGGUAUAACUAAUCACCUGGGCAUCGAUCAGUGUGGAUUCAAGCGGAUAAUUAUAAAGCAUUCAUUUGAACUCUCAACAUUUCUCUUCUUCUUCGCCCCGAUGACCCUCAUCACGGUGCUCUAUGUACUCAUUGGGCUCAAAUUGAGAACCUCCAGUAUGAUGAAGCGAGACGGUGGAACAUUUUGGAACCGACGACCUCACAUAAACUCAUGCCGACAGCAAACCCAUUUGGGUACUCGACGUGUACUUAAAAUGCUUGUGGCUGUUGUGGUGGCAUUUUUUCUGUGCUGGGCUCCAUUUCAUGCCCAGCGACUUGUAGCUAUUUAUGGAACAGGACCCGAACAGACUCUGGAUCCCUUUAUGGUUAAAAUAUAUGCGAUAAUGACGUACAUUUCCGGAAUUCUAUACUAUUUAUCAACUUGCAUUAAUCCCUUACUUUACAACAUCAUGAGCAACAAAUUCCGUGAGGCAUUUAAGGAAACUUUGGCGAAAUGCUGCCAAUUUCGGCGGCAACGGCACAAUACGAAGCGCGCCUACAGAAUACUGUCGCGGAAUCAGCGAAGACGUUUCGGAGCUCAAGAGUCUUCAGAAUAUUCCGGGAACUCAAUCAGAGAUGAAAGUAUCUACUCUUCCUCUACUCAAAAGCAAUCCCUCGAUUCGGUGACUAUGUCCCGAGGCUAUUCUGUAAAUAGCCACCAAAAUGGGAUAAAAGGUAUUGCGGACGACAUGGAGGGUGAUGUCUAUAUGUCUCCCAUUGUCAUGGACAUCCUUAAGGAACCAAAUGCUGAGGAUUGUUCGACGUACAGACUUAUCAAGAAGACAACACAGAAUUUGCCUCUCUGUAAUCACAAUUACCAACACAAAACUGUGAUUAAAUUGUAUCCACGGAUGAAGAUUCCAAAUGGACAGUGUGUCAACAAUGUUCAUAGAAAUUUCAGUGUUCGGGAAACUCCUCUCAAUGAUGAUGAUAUUGACAGGGAUGAAGUGCUAUUUGCAGCAGUUCCAGAUAGUUCAACUGUGUGGGAUGCCAGUGACAUGUGUUACUCACGUAAGACUUCUACACCUCCAAAUGACCUGCCGCCCACAAAAUGUAGUCACAUCUAUUGCUUCUACCAUCGAAAAUCUAACGAAAUGUACGAUUUAAUUCAUUGCCCAAGCAACUGGCAUGGACAAGACAAAACCUUAGGUCAGGACGGUCUGGACAAUGACCAAAAUUCUGACCCACCAUCCAGAGCAGAUUCAGCAAAAGCGGUAGAAACGCUGGAGACGGAACUCGAUGCCUACAUGAAACAACUGAAAUUACGCGAGAAGAGAUGAGAAUUGGAGUUAAGUGCCACCAACAAGUGGCACUAAAUUUCAAAUGAUGAUAUUCAUUGAUGUGAUUAUUGCACUGUGUAUUCAAUUUCAACGACAUUGUGAUAAUUUUUUGUAUAAUUUACUCCCCAAUUUAGUUCUUGUACAUAUUGCAAUUUGUUGCAAUAAAUGACUAAUUAGUAGUGCUAAAAUAGAAUAAAUUUUGUGAAUGUGUAACAGCGAUUAUAUUAGACAAAUAUAUUAAAUAUUUCUGUUAACUGUACAGAAAAAGAAAUAUUUCUACCCCCAAUUUAUAUCAAUCCAUACCCAGAAUUGAUUUAAAAACUCACAUUGCAGAUACGCAGAUAUAUAUGUACAUUGAGUGAGUAUUAAUCGAGAUUCACAUUCAAUUUAGUUUUUCACACAAAAUAUGCUCUAUCAGAUGAUACAGAAAAUUGAAAUAUUAUUGCAUUCUAUUGAAGAUUGAAAUAAAUGGAUUGUAUUCAUGCGAAUAACAUUGCAUGACUUUAAA